AUGCGGCGGGGCCGGCCCGGGGCGGGGCGGGGAGGAGAGCGGCGGCGCCCGGCCAUGGGGCGCCCGGUGCUGCUCGCCGCCGCCGCGCUGCUGCUGCUGCUGCCGUCCGGGACCGGGCCCGCAGUGACCCGCCUCCGGGUCUCCGCCAACUUCGAGUGCCGCGCCACCGCCGACAGGACGCUGAGCCGCCCCCGCUGCCGCCGCCCUUCCCGCCCCGGGCUGCCGCUGGAGCCGCCCGCCCUGUCGCUGAGCCGUGCCCGGCUGUGCCUGCCCGCGCAGCCCUGCCAGCCCUGCCUGCGGGUGCGCCUGGCCCUCCCCACCUCAGAGCUCGGCGGUGUCCGGGGACUGCAGCUCACCUUCCUGGAGCUGGGCUCCAAUCGAGCUGGCUGGCUGCAGGUUUGGCGGCGACCCCGGGCAUUGGGCCGCUCAGCGUGGCAGGUGCAGUUCGACUGCUUCCCGGCAGAGAGCGGGCGGCAAGUCCUCGUCUCUCUUCACACCAUCCCAGAUCGGGGCUUCUCCCUAAACUGCAGCCAUCUGGUCAGCGCUGAGCCGCCUGGGCCUGUCUUUACCCAUGCUUGGAUCCCUGAGAUGCGAGCCAUUGAGGUGUGGGUGCCUGCGGGUCCUGCCCUUAUGGUGCGGCUGUGCCACCAGCUGGCCCUAGAGUGUGAGGAGCUGCCCCGGCCCUUCCACCAGCAGGUGCUGGUGCCGGGAGGCCACCACAUCUCACUGCCAUAUGAGUUCUUGGUGCCCUGCCUGUGCAUUGAGGCCUCCUACUCCCACCAUGACAGCCCACGGAGCAAACACUGCCCCUUCCGUGACCGGCCAGAUGCCUAUGGUCCCGAGCUAUGGUCCUCGGUGCGCUUCCAUGACUUCAGCACCAGCAGCAAGGACCAGAUGGUGAUGGAACUGAGUGCCAGCUGCCCCCUGCACCCACAGGCCACCCUUUGCUGGAGGGAGGCAGCAGAUGAGGCUGCACCCUGUCACGACAUCCCCAAUUCCACAGCCAGUGAGGAUGAGCAGAUGUACAUACUGGACAAGGUGGACGUGCACCCCCAGCUCUGCUUCCGAUUCUCCUACAAGAACAGCAGCCAUGUGGAGUGUCCCCACCAGCCAGAGACUGCCUGGAAUGUCUCAGUGAGUGUCUGGGGGCUCCAGCUGCACCUGCACCUCACCUCCCGCAUCCCUGCAGCCUUCAGCGCAGCCCUGUGCCAGCGCCAGGGUGGGCAGUGUGAACCCGAGGCUCCACUCUACACUGUCACACAGCCAGAGGGCUCUGCUCCAGGGGAGUUGGCGCUGCUGCUGCCAGUGCAGAUCCUGGGUAGCUGCGUGCUGGUAUGGCGCUCGGAUGUACAAUUUGCUCGGAAGCAGCUGCUCUGUCCUGAUGUCUCCCGCAGGCACUUCGGGCUGCUGGGGCUGGUGCUGGCACUGGGACUGGUGGCGACUGUGCUGCUCCUCAACUGCCGUGGUGCCUGGAGGCCAGAUGAUGGUGGCCCUGGCGGGCGCCCCGUGCUGCUGCUGUACUCACCAGAUUCAGAGGAGCACCUGGGGCUGGUGUGUGCCCUGGCCGAGCGGCUGCGCGCAGGGCUGGGCUGCGACGUGCGCCUGGACCUGUGGGAAGCGGGUGGCCUGGGUCGGGCGGGCGCCCUGCCAUGGCUCUAUGCUCAGCGGGGCCGCGUGGGCCGCCAGCGUGGCACUGUCCUCCUGCUCUGGAGCCGGGGCAGUGCCCGGCUCUUUCAUCGGUGGCAGGUCGGGAUGGCUGACGGGACGCCCGGGGAUGCCCAUGACAUUUUUGGGGCAGCCAUGGCCUGCCUGCACGGGGAGCUGGGUGCGGCGGGCCGCGGCGGCGGGUGGGUCCUGGCAUACUUCAGCCGGCUCUGCAGCCCCCGCGAUGUCCCCCGCCCCCUCCGGCCCCUGCCCACCUACCGCCUGCCCCGGCAGCUGCCCGGUCUGCUGGGUGCCCUGCGGGGCAGCCCCCCGGCCCCUCGCCGCUGCCGUCGGGGCAGGGUGGGGGGCCUCCUGCAUCGGCUGCUGGAGAUGGGGGCUGGGAAGGGCAGUUCUCCGCCCCGGCCCCCUGGGGCAGCUUCUGGCACCUGAGUGCCCAGGCUGGGCCUGAGCUGGGCAUGGCUGCAGGGAGUGCAGGGCUGGGUGCAGCCCCUCAGUGAGGGUAGGAGUUCUGCUAGGAAAAGGCAGGGCUCAGGUGAACGUGUGCCCACUGCGGCAGCAGCAGGGAUACCCAUGGGUGCCCCAGGAAGGGGCUGGUCCAACCAGGACUGGCCUCAGUCAUGGAGCGUGCUGCUGGGGCCAGAGUGAGCAGCCAGCUGGUCAUCUGUGGUCAGGAGUAGAGAUGCUGUCCUGAGCAGGGGCAGCUUUAUUCCCAUACAAGGACCUGCUCCAGAGGAGAGCCCAUAGAAGCCCCUUUGGACACCACAGCCAAGCAAGGGGUUGGGGUUGUGCAGGAAAAAGCUGAGAGAUGGGGAGGCUCCCUGCCCUGCCCAGGCACAGGUGGCUAGAGGGGCAGGUGCUGAGCAUAGCCUGGCCCUGCUCUUUGUCUUGACAUUGCCAGCAGGACUUGGUCUGGGGUGGAAGCAAUAAAGGUG